AUGUCGUAUGAAGGCACUACAGAAGAGGUAGAUCUGGCGAAAUACCCCAAGGCCAGAGCUCUCUACGAUAACUGUCUAGAAUUUUUUGACCAAGUUCAAAACUUAACCCCUGGUCACGAGCUAGAAGCUUUUCUGAACAGUAAUUAUGGUCCAGGUAACCCAAUAUACGAAAACAUCUGCAAGUACGUCAAGAUAGGUCUUGAGGAGGGAUGGUGUGCAAACAUCGAAAUGGAUGGUCGAAAAUACAGACGAUCGAAGAUCAAACUCCCUUGUCCCGAGACCAGGUUCUUCUCUAUCACGACUGUAUACAUGGACAGUCAGGACGAAUAUUCAGGCCAGUAUCACUCACAUCCAUAUGGCGAGAUAAAUUGUGUGAUCCAGCUCGACGAUGCUGCCGAGUUGAAAGGUAUGCAGGGCUGGCAGGGUGCUGGAUGGACAAGUCCUGGUGCUGGGACACAUCACUAUCCUCAGGUGCGGAAAGGGGCACUAGUCGCUCUGUUCUUCCUGCCAGCUGGACGUAUCAGCUAUUCUGCCACUCCAGAUAUGCCACAACCACAUUGCAUUUGA